UCAAUAUCUAAGAGGCCAACUCUCUCUCUCUCUCUCUCUCUCUCUCUCUCUCUCUCUCUCUCUCUCUCUCUCAAGUAAACAAUGAAGAAGAAUGAACAGCAACAACCGCCGCCGCCACCGCCACCGCCGUCGAAGCUCACCCGCUUCACCGCCCAUAUGCACUUCCACCACCUCAUCCACUACUUCCUCCUCUUCGCCUCCGGCUUGGCCCUCGGGCUCACCCUCUCCACCUCUCUCAAAAACUUCUCCUCCUUCAACCUAUCCCUCCAACUCAACAACCACAAUCAACUCUCCCCCCAAAACCCCACCUCGCCACCACCGCCUUCGCCGCUGCCUCCUUCGCCGCCUUCCCUCUUCAACCAAACCCCGAUGCGAUGGUGUGGCGCCGUCCUGAGCGACUUCUUGGACCCGCCGGCCGCCCUGCACGGCAUGGACGACAAGGAGCUCCUCUGGAGGGCGUCCAUGGCUCCCAAACGGCCGCAAUACCCUUUCAAGCGCGUCCCCAAGGUCGCCUUCCUGUUCCUGACGAGAGGUCCUCUACCGCUCGCUCCGCUGUGGGAGAUGUUCUUCCGAGGGCAUGAUGGUCUCUUCUCCAUCUACGUCCACUCCCAUCCUACGUUCGACGCCACGGCAGGCAACGGUGAGAGCGAAGGCUCAGUCUUCCACGGCCGGAGAAUUCCUAGCAAGGAGGUCCAGUGGGGCAACUUCAACAUGGUGGAGGCCGAGCGGCGCCUCCUCGCCAACGCGCUGCUCGACAUCUCGAACCAGCGGUUCGUCCUCCUAUCCGAGUCCUGCAUCCCCCUCUUCAACUUCACCACCGUCUACUCCUACCUCGUCGGGUCCUCCAAGUCCUUCGUCGAGGCCUUUGACGAGCCCGGGCCCGUGGGCCGGGGCCGGUACAACCCCCGGAUGCUGCCCGCCAUCCGGAUCAAGCAGUGGCGGAAAGGGUCGCAGUGGUUCGAGAUGGACCGGGACCUGGCGAUCGAGGUGGUCUCGGACACCAAGUACUUCUCCACGUUCAGGAGGUUCUGCAAGGGCUCGUGCUACGCGGACGAGCAUUACCUGCCCACGCUCAUGAGCAUCAAGUAUUGGCAGAGGAACUCGAACCGGAGCUUGACCUGGGUCGACUGGUCGCGGGGCGGGCCCCACCCAGCCCGGUUCAUCCGGGGGCAGGUGACCGUUGAGUUCUUGAAGAGGUUGAGAGGUGAUGGAAGCAGGAAGUGCGAGUACAAUGGGAAGAGCACGACCGUGUGCUUCUUGUUUGCUAGAAAGUUCCUGCCCAAUUCCUUGGUCAGGCUGCUCAGAUUUGCUCCAAAGGUCAUGGAAUUCUGAAAAACUAGGGAAGGAAAAAAAAAAGGAGGAGUUAUAUUCCUUUCAUUGAUUAUUUUGAUGAUGUCUUUUGUCUCGUUUCGCAUUUUUUCAGAAUUGGGAAAAUGACACAAA